GCCACAGAUGCUCUAAUUGGGGGUCGGUGACUGGAGGGUUACUGUAGUCUGUGAAGACAGGGAUCAGUAACAUUCAAAGAUGUCACUAUGGCCUUUACUCAGAAGGAAUGGGAGCAGUUGGAUCCCACCCAGAGGAACCUGUACAAGGAUGUGAUGCUGGAGAACUACAGCAACCUAGCCUCAAUAGGGCAUCAAGCUUCCAAACCGGAUAUGAUUACCAAGUUGGAAAAAGGGGAAGAGCCAUGGUUGGGGAAGGGAAAAAGACCCAGUCAAGGUCAUCCAAGUAAAAUAAAAAGUCCCAAGCAAAUAGGAGCCAAUGGAAAAGUCAAGCUAGAUGAUGACCAGCUAGAGAAUAACCAGGAAUCUCAGAACAAACUCCUUAGGGAGGUUGCAUUCAAGAGGAAACCUCUGACUAAGAAGAAAGGCAGUGAGAGUGGUUCAAUGGGGAAAAGAAAUAGCAUGAGUACAAAACACAGCCCUUCAACAAAAAGCCUUCUUAAAUUUGAUUCACAUGGAAAGAGUUUGAAACAGAAUCUGGACAUACAUGGUCAUGUAAGAAACUGUGCAAAAAAGAAACCUGAUGUAGCUAAAGAACACAGGAAAUUAUUUAGCCAUACCUUAUCUGAUACAAGGAAAGACAAAAAUCAAACUGGAAAGAAACAUGAAAAAUUAUCCAACCAUAGCUCAUCUGAUAAGUGUGACAAAACUCAAACUGGCAAGAAACCUAAGAAAUUACGUUGUCAUAGCUCAUCCCAUACUAAGCAGGACAAAAUUCAAAUUGGAGAGAAACAUGAGAAAUCAUCUAGCCAUAGUUCUUCUAGUAAGCAUGACAAAACUCAAGCUUGUGUGAAACCCUAUGAAUGUGAUCAGUGCGGAAAGGUUCUCAGCCAUAAACAAGGACUUAUUGACCAUCAGAGAAUUCAUACUGGGGAGAAACCAUAUGAAUGUAAUGAAUGUGGGAUAGCCUUUAGCCAAAAGUCACACCUUGUUGUACAUCAAAGAACUCACACUGGAGAAAAACCUUAUGAAUGUAUUCAGUGUGGCAAAGCCCAUGGUCAUAAACAUGCCCUCACUGACCAUCUAAGAAUUCAUACUGGAGAAAAGCCCUAUGAAUGUACUGAAUGUGGGAAAACCUUCAGACACAGCUCAAACCUUAUUCAACAUGUGAGAUCUCAUACAGGUGAGAAGCCCUAUGAAUGUAAGGAAUGUGGAAAAUCCUUUAGAUAUAACUCAUCUCUUACUGAACAUGUUAGAACUCAUACAGGUGAAAUACCAUAUGAAUGUAAUGAAUGUGGAAAAGCCUUUAAGUAUAGUUCAUCCCUUACUAAACAUAUGAAAAUUCAUACAGGUGAGAAACCCUUUGAAUGUAAUGAAUGUGGGAAAGCUUUCAGCAAGAAGUCACACCUCAUUAUACAUCAAAGAACUCAUACUAAGGAGAAACCUUACAAAUGUAAUGAAUGUGGAAAAGCCUUUGGACAUAGCUCAUCUCUUACUUACCAUAUGAGAACUCAUACAGGUGAAAGUCCCUUUGCAUGUCAUCAAUGUGGGAAAGCCUUUAAACAAAUUGAAGGCCUUACUCAACAUCAAAGAGUUCAUACUGGAGAGAAACCCUAUGAAUGUAACGAAUGUGGGAAAGCCUUUAGCCAAAAGUCACACCUCAUUGUACAUCAGAGAACUCACACUGGGGAGAAGCCCUAUGAAUGUAAUGAAUGUGGAAAAGCCUUCAAUGCAAAGUCUCAACUUGUUAUCCAUCAGAGAUCCCACACUGGAGAGAAACCCUAUGAAUGUAAUGAAUGUGGAAAAACCUUUAAACAAAAUGCAUCCCUUACCAAACAUGUGAAAACUCAUUCAGAAGAGAAAUCUCAUGAGUGACAUGAAUGUGAGAAAUCUAACUGAACUGAAGGUUCUGUUUAACCUUAGAAAUAUUCUGAAUUUAAAGAAUGUUAGAAAGCCUUUAGCAAGAAAUUGCACCUUGUUGCACAUGAGAGAAUUUGAAAAUGGAUCUUUACAUGGAAGCGAUGGAUGGAAACAAGAGUUUAAACUUGAUACCGAAACUUUUAUAGAAAAUAGUUUUAAAAAUACUCAAUUGUUAUAAAUUAUCUACAUGUUCAGACUGAAACAGAAAGCAUUAAAAAACUGUGAAUAAAUUGAAUAACCAGAGGAAUGGAGGAGUAAGUUACAUAUGCUGACAAUUCCUGAGUUGUUUGGGUGUUGUGUACUUAAGCACCACAUAUUAUUAGAAUUGAAUUUGCAAAUCUGUUUAUUGCCUUGUAUAAAUGAGUGUGGCCAUUUGUAUAAGCCUUCUCUUCAAUAUUAUCACUCAGCAGAAAACUUUAUAUAGGAGUUGUUAUUUAUAUAAAAAGUGUUAUCAAAAAAUUGAGAGAAAAUGAAAGAAAGCAGCUGAGGAUACAAAUGUACUGGUCAGGAAUGAUGUCUAAGAUAUAUUGUUAAGUGUAAAAAAGUUUGCUUAACCAUGUAUAUAAUAUUUUUCUAUUUGUGUACAAAAGAGUUUGUGUGUUCACCUCUGUCUUUCUGUGUGUGUGUUUCUAUGUAUGUGUAUAGACAUAUAUUUGCAUGUGAAUAGAAUUUGUUUGAAAAAAUACGGAAAACCCUUAAUAGUGGUUGCCAUUGGCCACAGGAGUACAGGAUUGGGGUUUGGGGUGAGAGAGA